AUGUCUAACAGUGACGAAGAAAGUUCAAAACUAUUUGAAGUGUAUCCCGACGGUAUCCCUUGUCGAUCACGAAUAUUGCCGCCUUCAAUCCGAAACAUGCCGUCAGUACAGCAGAGACCAAACGAAAUUAUGCUCGGCCUGUGCAGGGUUUCAGCUGAUGUAGGCUCAACUAAUUUAAUACAGGUUCGAUGCAAAGAAGCAAUAGGUAACAUUCGAUCCCAGUCCGGCGAUAUAAUCGAAUCGGUAAACAACACCGCUGGUAUAUAUUCCCUCCAUCAGAACCCACCAUUACAACCACCAUUACCAGCAAGAAGAAUCAUGUACGUAGAACCAGGGGAAAGAGUCAUCAUUAUAUGCUACGGUACAACUCUGCGUGACAUCCCGUUUACAUGGCGUGUCGACACCCAUGAGGUCAGUCCGAGGUAUCUGUGGAGCGCGAGCAGAGACAGGAUCCAUCUCAACGCGAGAGAUCAUAUCGUCAUUAAACACGUAUUAUAUAGCGACGCUCGUGUAUACAGGUGA